AUGUAUUUCUCAGACAACUACAGAAUCUGUAUUAAUUUCAUGAUAUCAGUACUUACUGAAGACAACAGGUUGAUUGCUGUAUUAUGGAGGGUUUUAUCUCCUUUUCAGGGCCAAGCAAACAUGCACAUUUUUGAAGACUACUGCGGUGGAUCCAUUGAUCAGUUUAGGAAUAACAUUCUCUAUCCGCUGUUUCCCAAUUUGCGUACUACAGUGAGCAGGCUUGCAGUGUCUCCAAAAUCGAAAGAUUAUGGUCUUAGAAUCUUUGGCUAUCUUCACCCUGCAGUGACUGAUGAAUAUAUUUUUGCCAUUGCCUCCGAUGACAAUUCUGAGUUUUGGCUCAGUUUAGACGAAAGUCCUCAAAACCUUCAACGGCUCGUUUAUGUUGGUGAGACUGGAGAUGAAUGGACUGCACCAGGCGAGUAUUGGAAAUUUGCAUCCCAGAUAUCCAAACCCAUCUUACUAGUGAAAGACAUGAAGUAUUUUUUUGAAGCCAUUCUGAAACAAAACAAAGGAAUGGAUCAUCUGGAAAUAGCUUGGUGUUUAAACCGCUACAACAGCAGUUUUGCAGUGAUAAGCUCUGAGUUUUUAUCAGUAUAUGAAGAUGAAUCCUCUCUACAAAUGGGAGACAUUGAUCACAUACCUCAAACAGAAGCGAGCUAUGAUAGAUUCCUUGAGCCAUUUGCUAAGUCGACCAAACCUACAGGAGACAUGGUCAAAUUAGACCCAAGAGACCAAAUCUAUAAAAUCACAAUGAUGGAUGAAUCCUACUUGAAAGACUUGUUUGUCGAAUGCCAUUACAAACCAAGUUACCUACUCGAAACAAAUAUCGGACGAUACGAAGGUGUCAAUUUAAUCUACUUUUCUUCAGUCUACCCAAAUGACUACACAAGGCAAACUCAUGAUCUCACUGAACAUAUGUGCUUCUACAAACAGGAACCAUCAUUUCAGGAAAGUCAAGGGUUUGAACCUUAUCUCUUCGAGGUUAAGGAACCUGACUUACAAAAAAACAUUGCAGGUGUUGCUUCUUCAUGGCAGCGUGUCUUUGACGUAAAACCCUUUGAUGUUGCUUCAAAGCAAAAUGCUGCAGCAAUUAAUGCAUGCAAAAAAGCAGGAAACAUUGUGAUGACCCGAAAUGAUGUCUUACCUAUUGUUACGGCCUUUUUGAAAGCAUUACAUUCAAAAGAGCCCACACGUGGUUUCUCUCUGCUGCGAGUGUUGAAUAUAGUGAGGCGUGAGGACAAUGCUGUGGGCAGCCGGUAUCUGGUGGAACUGGAACUUGUGGGCCCUCAGGGUCAGAAAGUCCUUGUUUCACGUUACGUUUAUGCACCGCAGAUGAAAAUGGACCAAAACGCACAAACAGACCCAUUUAUCUGCAGUCCAAAUGAAUUCAGCUGGAACCCAUCUGCUACUGUUCAUGUAAUUGUGGCAGUGAAAAAUCAGGCCAGAUGGAUUAUACAGUUUAUCAGGGAAAUGGAGAAAAUUUACAGAGUAACUGGGGACAAACACUUUAAUGUUAUCAUUAUAGACUACAGCAGUUCUGAUGUUGAUAUAAAUGAAAGACUUAAAAAAGCAAAAUUACCAAGUUACCAGUAUCGGAAGAUGGAAGGUAAUUUUCAGAGAUCGGGGGGCCUUCAAGCUGGAAUAGACCUUGUUGAAGAUGAGCACAGUAUUUUGUUCCUGUGCGACCUGCACCUCUACUAUCCUGUGAAUAUAAUAAACUACAUACGUAAACACACUAUCGAGGGAAAGAUGGUCUAUGCUCCAGUUGUGAUGAGACUGGAUUGCGGAGCAUCUCCAAGAGACCCAACUGGUUUUUGGGAGACUGCUGGUUAUGGUCUGAUGGGAAUCUACAAAUCAGACAUGGUUCGUAUUGGUGGCAUGAACACAAAAGAAUUUAAAGAAAAAUGGGGAGGUGAAGACUGGGAGUUGUUAGACAGAGUCUUAGGAAACGGGUUAGAGGUGGAGCGUCUCCACCUUCGAAAUUUUUUGCACCAUUUCCACACCAGACAUGGAAUGUGGGUAUCCUCUGGUGCAGAGAAAAGG